UUCCAGUUGUGGCGCUAUAGUUCUGCCACCGUAAAAGCCUGAGAACGAGGAGUGUAGCCUACCGCAGAACAUAGGAGACGUUUUACUUUACCACAUCUCGACUCGUGAGCUGACCGUUUUAAAGAUAUCAUGUUCGUUUGAGGGAGAAAGCGGAUUCCACACUGAUGUUACGGCCCUACAGUACCUGAGGCAGUGGAAAUCUGGGGAGACGAGCAUCCACAGGAUUCAGUGAGAGGGAAGAGGUGACAUUCUAAACGUUAAGAGAAAGGAAUAGAACCGGACUUGGCACUGAGCCUUGGGGGACACCCAUCUCUUUUGGGGACUGGACUGGUUGCAACGCCCUCACCAUUCCACCCUAAGCGGCGUUCUUGUUCUCCAACACGUCCUCCUCUGCCUGCAGGGCGUCCAGAGAACCAGGGCCUCCGAACACACUCAGAGAAAAGCAGCAGCACAGUAGGGAUGAGCGAGUUCUGGCACAAGAUUGGCUGCUGCGUGGUGGCCAAACCUCCACCGAGGAAGAAGCGCAGGAAAAUCGACUGCAGCAUGAUCGGCGAGCCCACAAACUUUGUCCACUUGACACACAUUGGCUCUGGGGAGAUGGCAGAGGGCCGGGCCCCGUCGGGGCCGGUCCAGGAUAAGAUGAGGUCAAAAGGACCCAGUGCCAACGGCCGCAAGAGCAUGUUAUAGCUGCUGCCUACCAAGCAUGGAGAACCAUUUCCAUCCUCCUCUAUGCGCCCCUCUCAUCCCAAAUCGAAAGCAGUCACUGCAGCGUAACCUGUUUCCAAUGGAGCACUUGGCAAACCUGAGAGCGGACCCUAAUAGAGAGCAGAGAGGCUCUUCCUGACGUCUGCAGGAUCUAUUUAGCCAAACAGGACGAUGGCCUUUCUGUGGUCACCACCAGAAUCGCCCUGCUCAGAGGAGGAUAGACGGACAUGUUCUUUAUGCUUUUUAAAGAAAACUAUUUGUCUUUCUGAUGGACUUUGGACUUCCACUGUAUUUCAGCCAACAACGUUACUGUGUCUGUGCCAGCAAGCGUAUGGGAUAGAGCCGGUAAGAGUGUUUAGCUACAUUUGUUGACUAACAUGGCUGAUUCUAUUUCAGGAAGUGAAGAUUAUGUUCUCAAGGAUUACCUGAAUGUUGCAAACCAUUGACCUACUGCCAAACAAACUAUUUUGUGUAUCUGUCUAAUGAAUGAGGAUGCACCUUUUAUUUUCCUACAGUGCAUAGUUAAAGGUGUCUUCAUGUGUGUGUUUAUAAGGGCAAAAUGCUAUGUGAUUUUGUUGCUGUUUAGAUACCAGUACUGAGUAGUGUUAUUUUGAUUGUACCAGUUGCCAUAGAGCCCCAUUUGGACUGCUACCCAGUUGCCAUAGAGCCCCAUUUGGACUGCUACCCAGUUGCCAUAGAACCCCAUUUGGACUGCUACCCAGUUGCCAUAGAGCCCCAUUUGGACUGCUACCCAGUUGCCAUAGAACCCCAUUUGGACUGCUACCCAGUUGCCAUAGAGCCCCAUUUGGACUGCUACCCAGUUGCCAUAGAGCCCCAUUUGGACUGCUACCCAGUUGCCAUAGAACCCCAUUUGGACUGCUACCCAGUUGCCAUAGAACCCCAUUUGGACUGCUACCCAGUUGCCAUAGAACCCCAUUUGGACUGCUACCCAGUUGCCAUAGAACCCCAUUUGGACUGCUACCCAGUUGCAAGCAUACAGGUAACUGCCAAAAUAAAGGAAACCCCAGCAUGGUGUCUUAAUAGGGCAUUGGGCACCACGAGCCGCUAGAACAGCGCCAAUGCACCUUGGCAUAGAUUCUACAAGUGUCUGGAACUCUUGGAGGGAUGCGACACCAUUCUUCCACCAGAAAUUCCAUCAUUUGGUGUUUUGUUGAUGGUGGUGGGAAACGCUGUCUCAGGCUCCGCUCCAGAAUAUCCCAAUAGUGUUCAAUUGGGUUGAGAUCUGGUGACUGAGACGGCCAUGGCAUAUGGUUUACAUAGUUUUCAUACUCAUCAAACCAUUGUGACCACUCGUGCCCUGUGGAUGGGGUCAUUGUCAUCCUGGAAGAGACCACUCCCAUCAAGGUAGAUCUGUUUCACCCUACAGGUAGCAGGUGAUCACUCAGAAUAGCUGUGUAUUCACUGGAGUUGACCUUGUCCUAUAUGGGGUUGAGUGGACCUAAACCAUGCCAGGAAAAUGCACCUCCACACCAUAAGAGCUGCCAAUAAGUACCCUCAUUUACUGGUGUUUCCUUUUAUUUGAGCAGUUACCUGUAGCUGGUCACUGUGAUACACAAUUUACUAGCACCUACUCUGAAAACCCCUAACUAUUAGUCAGCAGGAAGAGUCUGUUAGUAACAGGGGUUGUUGUUGUUGAAAUUCGAAACACCCUGACCGUUACGGGGCUUUCCAGUGAUCUGUCCUGGAAUUACUCGGGAAUGCCACUCAUUAAAUCAACUGCAACGAAGGAACAUUCCAUAAGGUAGUUUGUUCUCUUGUCGGGGGGGGAUGUCCACCCCCUUGAUCAGAAUGGAAAAUUCCAACCAUUUCACUGUGCAUUCCCCUUGUAAUUUCUAUAUGGCCUCCCACUUGAGCUUGUUGUAGGCGACGUGCACUCCAAGCUGGCUUGUGUCCCACAUGACAUCCACACGAUUCUGAAACCAGGUGGGAGUUUUAAAUAUCUGAUUUAAAUCGUGCAGUAGAAAUGAAAGUUUGUUUCCUGUACACAACUGUAUUUCUGAUGUGCUUAUUAUACACAAUCUGUUGUGAAUAACUUGUCACUCUGUAGUUUUUUUGCUAAGUGUGUCAAUACGGGGAAAAACUCUGAAAUUGAAUGUUUUUUAAAUAUUGUAUCUUAUGUGAUUUCCUAGGCCGUUAUCCUAUAGCAGAACAUAUGGCGUAUGGAUGGUGUUGUACAUGUUGUAUGUUGUCCCUUCACUAAUACCUUAUCUGUUUUAUACACUGGGCUUAAAGUUGACUUAAUGCUGAAGGUGGGACUUUGCAUAUUGCUUGGUGGCUUUCCUAUCUUUGGUAGAGCUUGUAAUACUGAGUACAUUCUCAGCCCAACAGAAUGACUGCUGCCUUGAAGUUUCUGGAACAAUGUACAUUGGUAACGUCAGUAACUUGAGUCUGUUGGCAUUUAAGUUUCUUUCCCAUCUUUAUCAUGGUUGUUGUUAGACCAAAACUCAUGUUCAUUAGAAAUGAUUUGUGCAAUCUCUUGAUUUUUCCUGAAAUACAGUUAACAUUCCGAAUAGAA